CACAGUUCAUUACACCUGAGAAGAAUUGCAUAGAAAAAGAACCAUUUCAUUGUAUUGAAUAUAAAAAGUCCUUCAUGCACAAGACAAAUCUUACACAACAUCAGAAGACUCCUACAGAAGAAACACCAUAUAUGUGCUCAGAAUGUGAGAAGUGCUUCUCAAAAAAGAGAUAUCUAACUCUACACCUAAGGAGACACACAGGACUGAAGCUUUAUAAAUGUUCAGAAUGUGACAAAUGUUUCACAGAAAUGAGAAAUCUUACCCGACAUGAGAGGACUCACUCAAGAGAGAAGCCAUUCAGAUGUUCAGAGUGUGACAAGAGGUUCUCACUCAAGAUCCAGCUUACAUAUCACCUGAGGAUUCAUACAGGAGUGAAUCAGUAUAAAUGUUCAGAAUGUGACAAGUGCUUCCCACAAAAGGACUCUCUUGCACGUCACCAUGGUAUCCACACAGGAGAGAAGCCAUAUAAAUGUUCAGAAUGUGACAAGUGCUUCUCGCGAAAAAGACUUCUUACUGAACACCUGAGGAUUCACACAGGAGAGAAACCACAUCUAUGUUCAGAAUGUCACAAAUGCUUCUCACACAAAGGAUUUCUUACUGAGCACCAGAAGAUUCAUACAGGAGCAAAACCGUAUAAGUGUUCAGAAUGUGACAAAUGUUUCUCACAAAAGGCACACCUUAAUCGUCACCAUAGGUUUCAUACAGGAGAAAAAACACAUUGGUGUUCAGAAUGUGACAAGCCUUUCACAAGUAAGAGCCACCUUGAAAGACAUCAGAGGACUCACACAGGAGAAAAACCUUUUAAAUGCUCAGAAUGUGACAAAUGCUUCUCGCGAAAUAAAUAUCUUGCUAAUCACCGAAGGACUCACAGUGGAGAGAAACCAUUUAAAUGUUUGGAAUGUGGCAAGUGCUUCAGACAAAAGACAAAUCUUCUUUCACACCAGAAGAUCCACACAAAGCUGAUUUGAUGCAUUGAAUGAUAGUAGUGAACAUCG